AUGAACCCCGGCGCGAGCCAAUUCGGCGACCUCGCGACCCAGCUCCUCACCGAGUCCCGGCGCUCGACCGCGACGCACACCCUGCUCAAGUACAACGACGUCCUCGUCCGCGCCGUCCUCCGCGAGCAGCGCGACCUCGAGGCGCGCAUCGAGGCUGCGCUCGCCUCCGCCGCCUCCCAGUCCGAGUCCGAGUCGCACAUGCCGACCGUGCUCCUCUACCAGACCGCGAUCCUCCGCAACAAGCGGUGCCUGCUCGCGUACCACGCGCACCGGAUAGACCUCCUCAAGGACCUGUACUGGGCCGUCGGCGGCGCGCUCCCGCUCCUCCUCGCCCUGCCGCCCGCUGCCGCCCCGAACCAGCCGAACGCGAACGCGAGCGCCGGCGCCGGGGACGCGAAUCCGAACGCGGGAGGAGGGGGAGGGGGUGGAGGAAGUGGAGGAGCGGCGUCGGCGUCACUAGGCGCGGCGCCGCAAGACGUCCGCUCGAAGCUCUCGCCGCACGAGGUCGACUUCCUGCGCUCGUACGCGGCGUCGCUCCUCACGCUCCGCACCGAGUCGCUCGCCGCGGGCGGGGGCGGCAACGGCACAGGCCGCGAGAGGGCCGGCGCGGCGGAGGACGUGGACGUGCUCGCGCCGAUCACGCACCCGCCGAAGGACCUGCAGGUGACGGUGCGGGUCGUGCGCGACUGCGGGGUCGUGCACACCGAGCUCGGCGCGAUCGACUUCCGGCGGGGGCAUCGGUUUUUGGUGCGUCGGGCGGACAUUGAGCACCUGAUCGUGCAGGGAUUCUUGGAGGAGUCGUAG